GUUACCAAGGAAACUGACAACAGUUUGACAAUUGUUGAGUUAACUGUUUAUUCAUUGGAAUAGCAAAAAUUACAAUGUUCAAAGCUCAUAAGCCUGAUUAGAGGACUAAUCAGGCUUAUUUAACUGUUGUUAAUUCACUGUUACUUGAAAAUUAUUUUAAAAACAACCAAUUUUCAAUGGAGAAUGAUAAGAAAGUAAACUCAGACCACCCAUCUGCAAGUCAAAUUGACAGCAGAAUCAACUGUGAAAAAGACAUCAAAAGAAACAUAGUUAAACUUGAGCCAGUCGAACUGACAGAAGAAUUCUCUAAUUAUGAGACAGACUUCAAAGGACAGGGACCCAUAAAAACAGAGAAAAAAUACUCAAUCAAAGGGAAUUCCCUCCAAUCAGCUACUUCCUGCAAAACUGAACCGACCAUAAAAGAAGAUGAAACCUUUAUUAAUUUUGAAAACGUCAAACCUGAAUUAGUCGAUGUGAAGUCUUACAAGGGGCUUUUUACAAAGUGCGAGUUGUGCACUCAAAGUUUUGACAAUGAGGCAGCUUUGUUUAGCCACAAGAGUGCAGGUUGCAUAAAGCAAGAGCUGAAAUAUAACUCCUCCGAUAUAAAAAUUGAACCAGAUUCUGAGUUGCAGCCACACGAAGCAAUAUUUAGUGAAGAGUUUUCCAAGAAAGUGCCAGUAGAUAAAAGGAUAUUUCAGUGCAACAACUGCCUAAGACAAUUUACGCAGAAGGGACAUUUAAAAGAACAUCUUAAAACUCAUACAGGAUUGAAACCAUUUCAGUGUCAAAUCUGUUUAAAAUCUUUUUCUAGGGAAAACUUUCUGAAAUAUCAUCUAGCGAUUCAUACAGGCGAAAAACCAUUUCCAUGCAAAAUGUGCCCAAAAGCUUUUGUUCAUCCAGGUGCCUUGAGAAUCCACGAAAAGGUACAUACAGGAAACAAAUUCAAAUGCAGAUUUUGUUCAGAAACCUUUGAUGACCGCGAUUCAUUGAAAGAUCAUAAAAAAAAUCAUGAAGGAGAAAAAAAAUAUCAAUGCAAGGAAUGUUCAAAAUCUUUUGGUUAUUCAAGGGCAUUGAAAAUUCAUGAGAGAGUUCAUACAGGUGAAAAACCCUUUGUUUGCGGGAUCUGCUCAAAGUCGUUCACUAUGCGACGUUCAUUGACAGUUCAUGAGAGACUCCAUACAGGCGAAAAGCCUUAUCAAUGUCAAGUAUGCUCCAAGACGUUCACUCAGGGAGGUACUUUGAAGAUGCAUGAGAGGAUUCAUGCAGGAGAAAAACCAUUCGAAUGUAAAUUCUGCUCAAAGUCUUUUUGUCAGUGGAGUAAUUUGAGAACCCACGAAAAAAUUCAUACAGGAGAGAAACCGUUCAAAUGCAAAUUAUGCUCCAAAUCUUUUUCCCAGUGGAGCAAUUUGAAGACUCACGAAAAAGUUCAUACUAGGGCGAAGCCAUUCCAGUGUAGAAUAUGCUUGAAAUUUUUCACCCAAGCAUAUACAUUGAGGGGGCAUGAAAAGACAUGCUCAGGAGAAAAAAUGUUUCACUGUGAUAUGUGUUCCGUAUCAUUUUCUUCGGAGGGUAAUUUGAAAACUCACCAUAAGAUUCAUACGGACGAAAAGUAGUUCCAAUGAAUUAAUUUCCCGAUGAAAUAAUUUUAGGGUAAAAAAAUGUUACUCAGUUUCAUGAGAAUUUGUGCAGAAGAAAAACCCUUGUUUGUUGAAUAUUCUCCGAAUUCCUCAAUGAGAAAUAAUUGCCAGUUUUUUUGAAAAAUUGAGUGAGAGAAUUCCUAAAUAGCAGGUCCAUUAUAUUAUCAAUGUGUUUAUCAGCAUGUCUUGUAACUUUUUUCAAGUAUAACAUUCCGAAAAUUGAAAUAAUCGUAGGAACUCUGACUAGUGUAGACUGAAAAAGAAAAAUAUUUAUAAUUUUUAUUUGUAUGUGUAUGUUUUAAAUUUGUAUUUAUUUAUUAUCCAGACCAUCAGCUGGUCUCCUGGAUCAAUUCUUUGUUCAAUUGAUUGAAUAUUGUAACUUGGCAUGUGUUGAGAUACUGUCAAUAAAUAUUUUGUUAAAA